AUGCAGAAGAAAAAUAGUGAUGAUAUUGUGAAGGGAAGUGCUAAUAAGGAGCUUCCCAAAAGGGCAAAUAAAGCAUACAACAUCAAGAGAAAAGGAGCUCAUCUACAUCGUUUACUCCGAAUGCCAAACAAAAAAUUGGAGAGGCUAUUACAGAAAGCAAGUGACAUUAGACUUCGAUACUGUAUAAACUAUAAAGUUAUAAUCUACAAAAGACGAUUUGAGGAAUAUGUACAAGAAGAUGAUGGGGGAUCAACAACUUCUAACAACCAAGCUGAUGAUGUUCCCAAAAUACCUUCUUCGGCAAGAAGCAUAGCUCAACUGAUGCAGGACAGUAUCACCCAACAGCCUCCUCUUUUUUUGAUGCCUUGAGAAAGUUCAACUUACAUCCUACAAAAUCC